AUGGUGCUCAACAUCUUCAACAACCCCCAUUUCUCCCCCUUUUCCGUACUUCCAGUCGAAGUAGCUCAACUCAUCACAGGGUAUCUCGACGACAAACGCGAUUUGUGCUCUCUACGGUUGACCUGCAGAGACUUCUACUUCAUCACGGUUGACCAAUUUGGACGCACAUAUCUUGAGACAGUCAAGACCGACCUUUCCAGAGAAAGCCUCUUCCGACUUGCUCACCUCGCGCAACAUCAUGGAUUAAGAGGCCAUGUGAAGCGUCUAUCCUUUACCAGUCCUAAUGGCAUCUUUGGGAGCAACCUCCAGUGGUUGCGCUACCCAGAAGGUCAUUUAGUACUUGGUCAAGAUGCAUUUCAGCUCUUGGUGGAUAUUAUGAGGUGUCUCUAUAAUUGCACCUCGUUCCAGGUCAAGCUGGAUACGAUGGACGAACAGGAUGUCUGUAGGGAUGGAUUUCUGACGCACAGUGAUAUUGUCAACAUUUUUUUCAAUGUCAUUGCGUAUACAGGACAUCCAGUGAAAUCCUUUGCUUUGGAUUUCCAUGACGCAAACGUCUGCAAUUCCAUCAACCCAAGACAGUUAGACCUGCCAGUCCUCCAUGAGCAGAGGAAUUUCGUCUCUGCACUGGCUCAAAUGGAGGAACUGACACUCAAUUGCACUAUGAACUCCAGAGCCAUUGUUGAACUGGGCCUAACCCUUAUCCAUCACGCUCCAGCUCUUCAAAAGCUGCGGAUAUAUUUCGACUUGUUCUUUGGGAAGGAUUUCAUGAGACACCUUGCUUCGAUGAAUAUCUCCAACCAACUGCACGAACUCAGCCUCGAACGAUCUAUUAUAUCCGGGGAUAAUCUGUUGGCUGUUCUUUGCCGAGUUCCUCAGCUUCGCGUCCUUUCACUCAAACAGCUCCGACUAAGCGAGGACAGUGGUAUUGGAUGGCACACAAUCCUCCAGGCUCUGCUUACUCGGUUACAAUACCUAAAUGGCAUUGAAAUAGGGAGUCUCUUACAAGGGUGUGUGCCAGAAACAUAUCUUCCCAAAGAGGCUUUUUCCCCCAAUGUGUUUGGGCAUCCCAGCGUUGGUGCUGGCUUUUCGGGAAAAGCUCACCUGGGUACUCUUAAUCCCGACAGUGGAGCACCCAUGGAGAUGCAUUAUUCUGGGCCUUGUAUGGGUAGGGCUCUGCAGGCUAUGAUUGAUACGAUGACCAUAUUCUGA